AAGCACGGCGCAAAUUGAUUUUCUCUUUCCCCUUCCCCAAGAUAUUUAAGCAAAAUGGAAAGAAAGCUUUCAUGUUUGGUCAUUGGUGACUCUGGCUCUUUAAGAAGGGAAUGGGAUAUAUAUGAUUGAAGCCAAAUCAUAAUAGGAAGAGGAGAAAACAGAGAAAUGGUACCGAGCGGGAGGAAAGGGAAGGACAUUGCGAGAUUGGCCAAAGGCUUGUCUCUAAUCGCCGAGGAAUUUGCGAAGCGAUCUCCGACUCUCCAGAGCGCCAAGAACGGCGAUUUCCAAGCCCUGCUCAAAAACGCCGUCGUUUCCGCCACCGACCUCUCCGGCCUCACCAAAGGCACCCUCUCCCAAUUCUCCAAUGCUCCUUCUAACCCUACCUCCCCCACUCCCACUGCUAACAAACCCGAUUCCGUCGUCUACUUCAACCACCACCACGAACCUCCUCCUCCUCCUCAGCCGCCGCAGCUUGAACAACAACCGCCGCCGCCGGCGAACAAUGCCGCAUCCUCCGUGGAGGUGGAGGUGCUCGAUUCGAGGGCUCAACAACCGUUAGAACCAGAGACACAGUCGCCACAACCACAACCACAACCACAACCUCCGCCGCCGCCAUUGCAGAGGCGGAAGCCCAGAGAGAGACGAGUUCCUUCCACUCCCUUCUCUAGAGCACUGGGGUUUGCUGGUCUGGGAGCUGGGCUUGCCUGGGGAACGCUUCAGGAGUCUACCAAGAGACUCAUUUACGGCACGCCGCAGAGCUCACCGGGCAACCAAUCUGCUGCUUCUCCAUUUUUGUCUCCACAGAAUGCAGAGCGUUUGGCUCUUGCACUCUGUCGAAUGCGGGGAGCUGCUCUCAAAUUGGGGCAGAUGUUGAGCAUACAGGACGAAUCGCUUGUGCCUGCUCCUAUAUUGGCUGCUCUCGAUAUUGUUCGUCAAGGUGCUGAUGUGAUGCCGAGGGCCCAGCUCAAUCAGGUUCUGGAUGCUGAGUUAGGUCCUGGUUGGUCAUCAAAGUUAACAAGUUUCGAUUAUGAACCUUUGGCUUCUGCAAGUAUAGGCCAGGUGCACCGAGCUGUCACCAAGGACGGCAUGGAUGUUGCCAUUAAAAUUCAGUACCCUGGUGUAGCAGAUAGCAUUGGCAGUGACAUCGAGAACGUUAAACUUCUUCUAGAUUAUACUAAUCUAAUUCCAAAAGGACUUUACCUUGAAAGAGCUAUGAAGGUGGCCAAAGAAGAAUUAUCUCGUGAAUGCAACUAUGAAUUGGAGGCAGAAAGUCAAAAACGGUUUCGUGAUUUGCUCUCUGAUGCACAUGGGUUUUAUGUUCCGUUGGUUGUGGAUGAUAUAUCAAGCAAAAGAGUUUUAACUACUGAGCUUGUGUCUGGAAUACCUAUUGAUAAAGUGGCGUUAUUGAACCAGGAAACUCGUAACUAUGUUGGAAGAAAGUUGCUAGAACUCACUUUGAGGGAGUUAUUUGUUUUCCGCUUCAUGCAGACUGAUCCUAAUUGGAGUAAUUUCUUGUAUGAUGAGGCUACAAAUACAAUCAAUCUGAUAGACUUCGGAGCAGCUAGGGAUUAUCCUAAGACUUUUGUUGAUGACUAUCUAAGAAUGGUAACAGCCUGUGCGAAUGGUGACAGAGAUACAGUCAUCGAAAUGUCCAAGAGACUUGGAUUCCUCGCAGGAAUGGAAUCAGAAGUAAUGUUAGAGGCUCAUGUCCAAGCCGGUUUUGUUGUGGGAUUGCCAUUUGCAAAGCCUGGUGGGUAUGACUUCCGAGCAUCCAAUAUCACCCAAAGCAUUUCAAACCUUGGGGCAACCAUGCUACAGCACAGGCUCACCCCACCGCCGGAUGAGGCGUACAGUCUUCAUCGCAAGCUUGCAGGUGCCUUUCUGGCUUGCAUCAAGCUAGGGGCCGUUGUCCCGUGCAGGGAACUAUUACUUGAAGUAUAUGAACGUCAUCAAUUCGGUGACGAAGGUGGUGAAAUAUUGUCGAGUGGAUUGGCUUCAUGAGGGAAGGGCUUAUAUAAAUUAUUGUUAUCAAUUUAAUUUUUUUUUUUUUUUUACAUAACUUCUAAAGAUGGAAUAAUUUCCAUGAUAGAAUGAAAUCAUAGAUCGAGCUCAAAAUUGGAGUUAGACUUCCUGGAGUUAGUUUUCCCAGGUGAGGUAGGAUCUUUUUGUAUAUUAAAUUCAACAGCCAUAGAACAUUCUUUUACAAUGAUUCUUAAGGACGUUGUAUGUUGUAUAAUAAGACCCAAAUCUUGUUUCUCGAAUAAAAUAAACAAGAGCUGAUAUUUCACUUUGUCU